AACUGAAGGAAAUGCGUUUUCAAGGUAAAGCGCACGCCAGCUCCCUAGACUUUAUCAGCUCGAGCUCUUCUUGGACUGCUUUCUGUUGCCCUGCUGGUUUCUUUGGUAGUCCGAGUAUAAUAGCCUUUUCAGGUCCUCACCGAAAACACGUUGCAGGAAAGCUUGUAGGAUAAUCUGUAUGAGGUUUCUUGAUAGGAUCUUUCAGUGCUUACAACGGUCUAGCUCUGUUCUUCCCGUGAGCUACCCGUGAGGUUUCUUUCGAGGCGUUUUUCCUACCCGUGAGCUAGGCGGCAUGGGUAGGCUAAUCAGUGACGGGUACCAUACGAUCGGUUUAGGAACACGCGCUUCCAGUGAGGAGUCUCUGUCGCACGCCGCGGCGCUCACCCCGCAAUCGUCGCACGCACUCCCCGUGCCGUCGCCAAUGUCGCCAGCGUCGCCCCUGUCGCGCGUCUCUCGUGUAGUUUCGCACCUGUUAACGACCUUGGGGAUAAAAACGGGAGGUUCCACAAACGAAGGGAGGAGCGUUAGAUCAGGGUAUGCUAUGGAUUGGUUCCACUACGUGCUUCUUUCCGUUAACCUGUGUCUCCUCGUACUCGUUAUAGCGGAAACGUUACCACCAUGGGUCACCGGAUCAGGCGGGGGCGCGGGGAAUAUUAGCGGAACGGGAUUGGCGGCAGCAGGCGGAGCGGGGGGGAGAUUCCCGGGGGAGUGGGGGGCUCUUUUCCCCCUGCAGCUGCGCAAGUCGCUGCUUGGCGCGCAGUCGGCGGAUGAAGCAGAAAGCAGCUUUAUGAGCCCAUUAGACGGUACGCCCGCUUCUGUCGGCACGUAUUAUGGCGCUUCCUCGUUCGCAUCCGCUUCUGAUGGCAGCGCAGCGCAGCACGAGCGACGACGAGUGUGCUGGACGUCGUCUGGAGACUAUGCCUCCCCUUCCCCAUCGGGGGUGGUGAUCCACGGCGCAGGUUGCGCCACGUGUCUGCGCGGGCAGCGCUGCUCGUUCCGGGUGUCCGUGCGCGCGCCCGCGCGCUGGGCGCAGGUGUUGGACACGGAGAAAGAGAGCUGGUGGAAGCGCGACUUGACUCUGACUUUAAGAGGCGCCGCGCUGGCCCACGGGGAUAUUAGGUGCCUAGACCCGCCACACUGCACGGAGCUCAGAGUGUCGUACCGCGUGUGGGACAUCGGGGAAUACUGGGCCACGCUGCACGUGGGGUGCGCCAACCUCAACUUCUCCUCCGCCUUCGCCCACCACUUCAACCAGACGCAACAGCACAACCUCGGGUCCUGGCCAAUCACAGUCGUGCCACGUGUCCAAGCGCUUUCUAGAACCAACACUCCUGGCAGCAGCAGCAGACCUAUCACCACAGCUGCUGCUGACUCAGAAACUGCAGGCGGCAGGCAGGAGGGAGAAAGCGAGAGGGCGGGGGAGGGGGAGGAGGAGGAGGAACAGGAGGGGUUGGCGGAGUGGCCGGAGAAUCCGUGUGUGGGGGCGUCAGUGCCGGGGAGAUGGGUGGCGGAUAACGGCUCUUACAGCUGGGCUUUCUACCGGUGCUCGGCGCCUGAAGUCCCUGCAUCUGGUUGGAUAGCAGCACUGCACCGAAAGGGCAUCAAAGAAAUCAGCAUAGUGGGCGACAGCCACCAGCGCUUCCUGGCGGCGCACCUGUACUACCUGCUCACUGCUGAGGCGGACAAGAACGUGCGGCACUGGCAGGACAACCUCGUGUUUGAGGCGCGGGACAGCAGCAAUCGGACGCUCAGGAUCAACUUCUACUGGAUCGAUGGCAUCUACAGGAACGGGGAAUUUGGCUGCUCUCACAGAGGCGCGACCACCAACCGAUACGAGCAGUUCCCCAACAUAUCCACCACUGCUGACGUCACCCUCUUUGAAGGAGGCUACUGGGCAGCUUCCUUCUGCCGCCAGCCGCUCAAGGCGCUAAGAGUGCACUUGGAGGAGUUUGCCCGCUGGGCGCUUGCCGCCGCGCCCCCAAAAGGCCGGGUUGUUUUCCGGACUAUCCCGUCGUUUCCGGUUUCUGGGGACAGGUGUAACGCCUGGUAUCCGGGUCCGAGCUCGAACCGGGUGGUUAUGGCGAUUAAUGUGCUGCUGAAACACGUGGUUGAAGGGAGAGGAGUGGGUGGAGAGGAGGGUCAGCAAGGAGAAGGAACGGGCAGAAUAGAAAGAGUAGGGAAAGAAGGGAGAGCAGGGGGAGGGAGUAAGGGAGGAGAGGGAAGCAGCAGCAGCAGCAGCAGGAGGAGGCAGGGACUGGUGUAUCUUGAUGCAAGCUUGCAGCAGCUGCCACUAGAUUCCGAGGAUUCUGAAGGAGGUGGUAAUUCAGACUCUGAAGACGUUGAUGAAGCUGCAGCCGCUGGUAUGAGGAGGAAACUCCUUACCCUAUCUGCAUCCGAACAACCACCAGUAGCAGCAGCACUCGCAGCAUCUGCAGCAUCUGCAGCAGCAACAGCAUUCCCACCAGCCGCUGCUGCCACGUCAUCAACAGUUCCGCCUGCUGAGCUGGUGCCGAUACCAGCAGGAGCAGCUACAGUGCUGGACACGUGGCAGGUGGAUGGGCCACGGUAUUUCGACACGGCUCACCCCAAUGACCACCACUACUCAAUGGUGGAACCCACAGAGGAAGGGGCGGUGGUGGUUGGGGAGGUGGGGGAGGCGCAAGUGCGGGCAUUUAUACACUACCUGCUCAACAUCCUCCCUCCACAGUAGACCAGUCAGUGUACCUCCACCUCUACCCGGCGACCACUAUGCCGUGAAUACCACGAAGGAGUGGUGGUGGCGGGGGAGGUGGGCUGUUAUGAAUUAUAACUCAAGAGUGUAGCUGUUAUGAAUUAAUCAGAGUAACAGGUAGUGUAAUAAAGGAGUCGUGAUUCAAGAGUGUCGAGACAAAUGAGGGCCUAGGCAUUUAUAGGCACGAACAGAGCUAGCCGUGAACCAUGCGAACAGGCUCGGGCGAUCCGGGUGGGGAAAGCCACGGAAGCGUCGCACGUCUAGGUUUAGGUUCCCGAAAUGGUUCGGAACCGAAGAAGUUGGCCGUGUCAACUUACACGUAUAUUGUUAUGUAUAAGUUAUAGGCUAGAUAGGGUAUGUUCUUAGUGGGUACAACCCAAACGCUGUAUCUCCCCUGUUCUCCCUUC